AUGUACUCAAGCUCACUGAUGCUGGAGCGGCGCAUCGCUUUCCAAGGGGAUGUGGCGGAUGUGCGCCUCAUCUCCAUCAGCCUCCUCUUGUCGUUGCGAGUCUUCUUGAUGAGUGCGACGGCUGCGGGAGGGCAUAGAUGGGAGAGGGGUGCUCCGCUGGUGGAGAAGGCCCAGCUCCUCCAUUGUACCAUCGUCCCGUGGAUGCACAAGCACUGGUGCAGGGAGGGGCGGGAGGUAUUCCGCGCCGGCAGCUGCCUCUUUCUCAGCCUGAGUGGAGGUGGAGAAGGUGCUGUUGACACCGGCAUUGCCAUCUGGCUGAUCGGUGCAGCUGCUAUCUCCCCUUCACUGGGCUCCAGUUUAAUCAGCGGUCGGGCUGGCGAUGAAGGUGAAGGUGGCCUUGGCGUUUCAGGUGCCUCCGGCGACUCCACAACCACUUCCUCUUCCGAGCUAGUCUACGGUAGCCCGGGAAUUGACAUGCAUUUCACUUGUGCGAUGCAGCGGAGGUUUCUCAGCUCACAUGCCAAGAGCACUGAGACAGAUUGGCAUGUGCUAGAGUCUUCAAGUCGAGGCAUGGGCGUAUCGUACCCGCUGGGUGACCUGAGCGACCACAGAAGGUCAGUGCACAAAUCACAGGUUUGCAGCAAGAAUGUGCAUGACCCUGGCUGGGUGUUGCAUCUCGCGGUUGUUUCCGAUUUUGCAAAAAGUCUCGUGCUGAAGUGGCCUUCGCGGAUCCGGGCAGACGCUGUUCAGCUUGUUCCGUCCUGUGCCGUCUAUGGUGAACCUGGCAGCGGGGGCGGAGGCGGCGCCUUGGUGCUGUGUGAUGCCUUCGAGAAUGUCGUGGGCUCCAUCGGUACUGGCAACGGUGGCGGAGCAAUAAGUGCAAAGGGGGUCGUUGUCGAUGAUGGCGUGGCCGUUGACGAGGCAGGCAUGACCGUUGCAGACUUGCAGAUCCCAUUGUUGAUCCCAGUGCCGCCGAGGACAAUCGCAAAGUCCAGCAUCCCUGGAGAUGAAUUUCCAAGGUCUGUGGGUGAGGUCCUUGCUCAUAUCGAAGCUGGUCAAGCGGGGUGGGAAAGACUGUGGCCGUUGACGACAUCGGAGAAGAGGGCGGAGGAAGAUGAGCUCCUGGUGUCGGGCCUGGGGGAUUGGAAGCAAGAGGAGCUGGAGACAGGAUCAUCAUCUCUGGCCGACACCGGCACCGGAUCUGUCCUUGCUCCUGCCACGGAGACUGUGCCACGGCUCCUCGUUCGGCCUCUUGUCGCCGUCGCCGAUGACUUGGCCUUGGGUGUCCUCUUGGGAGGUGAAUGCUGGUUUGAGCCUUCCCAUGCCCACAGCAAG